AGAUUCAUUUCUUUAACUGCACGAAGCUGUUGCCCAAGCCAAACCGAACUCACUUUGUUGAAGGAGGAUUGUAAAAGAAAACAAAACAAAACAAAAAAGCUCACCCUGCGUCAAUCGUGAAACUAUGUCCGACUGUCCGGCUCUGAGUCCAGCUGCAGCGGCUCUCUGGCGGAUGGGAAGUUGUGAGUCAGACCAGGAGGACGCGCAACUUUUAUAGACUUUCAAGUUCGCUGCUUGCGAGUAACCAGCAGCGCUCAGUUUAGAGUCCUCUGACUCUUGGAUUGCGCGUCUGGAGAGCUCUGGUAUCAGCCCACCGCGUGUUUCAGGUUCGGUGCUGUUCAGGGCGUCUCUUAUCGAGGAGGAUGUGGUAAUUCCAUUAAGAACAUGUUUGCGGUUUGCAAUGGAGAAUAAAUAAUAAAAAAAGGACGGUUAUCGGGGAUUAACUGAGAGCACAAAAGCAGCCUCCCUCCGAGCCCUCUUCAGAAUCACCACUCCAAAUUCUCCAUCCCUGGUUUCACUGAGAGGCGACACACAUGCUGCUCUCUUCUUUGGUACAGUGUGUUUACUGUUCACUGGUGCUCAUCUCAGAGAAUGCAGGGGAGGGAUCUACAGAGCAUGUGCAGAAGGGUGCUGCUCCUGACCAUCUGUAUGGUGUCUCUCUUGGGACAGCUGACCAGCACAUCAUCACACCGAAGCCACAUAGUACACGUGAAAGCUGGAACCUGUGAGGUAAUUGCUGCACACCGAUGCUGCAACAAGAACAAGAUCGAAGAGAGAUCCCAGACUGUCAAAUGCUCCUGCUUCCCUGGACAGGUGGCGGGAACAACGAGAGCAGCUCCAUCUUGUGUAGACGCAUCAAUAGUUGCACAAAAGUGGUGGUGCCAGAUGCAUCCUUGCAUGGAUGGAGAAGAGUGUAAAGUGCUACCAGAUCUGAAAGGAUGGAGCUGCAGUACAGGAAACAAAGUUAAGACAACAAAGGUUACUCGAUAGUCAUAUUUUUCCUGGAUAGAUAUUUGGAACCAAGAUGUUUCUUUGACCAACACAAGUAGGACGUUUUGGAUACCAUGGGAUUUAUAGACUGGCGAAAACCAGGGACCAACACAGACAUUAGUCUGGGACAUUCCAGUGAACAAAAAGAGAAAAAGUAUUAAAAAUUCAUAUGAGACUGCAAUGCCAAACAGAUUCUUGACUUUUUGUCUAGCAUCAACAGUAGCUUUCUUUCAACUCUGCUGCCCACCAAAUCUCUCUUUGUAUUAUACUUCUAAUCCAAUGGACUUGAAAACUCAACCAUGGUGAUAUUUAUUGACUUGAAGACUGGAUUAGACCAUGAAAAACCCACCCUAAAACAUGUGAUGUGAAAUUUUGUGUCAUGUUCUUGCCGGAAGGAGCAUUGGGACUCUUGAUGCAUAUCUCUGUGGAGGCUUUUGUGAGGUCAUAAGCAUUUUUGAUUCCUUUUAGCCUUAUAGAGGAGAUAUCUCCUCUUAUGUUCUGUUGGUUUGAAAAAGCCUGGCCUUUCUUCUUUAUAAAUUUAUUAGGAUGUUAAGACCACUUUUGAAAGACACUCAUAAUAAACAGCCUAGUGACUGCUAUUCAUUACAGCUGUCAAUAUUAUCUCAAUAAAUCUGACUCAAUGAACAUUUCUCUUUAGAACAACUGCAGUCUGUGUUGUAUUGGUGAAUUGGUGGAGCUCAGCAUGUUGAGCAAAUGUUCUAGCAAAUAAAACGAGGGGGAGGAUCACUCAGAGCUAAUCAGGUUUGAUCUCAUGGUGGAACGGAAAUGUGAAAAUCAGCAAAUGCAAAAAUAGGCCAUGGACAAAAAAACAUAAAUACAGAAAGGAAAAUGUUCCCUUCCAGUUUGGUUUGAAAAAUAUGUCUUAUAUAUAUCUAGUUUACAGAUGUAUGGAGUAUUGUGAAAAAAUUCUCCCCCUUUACAAUUUUCUUGGGUUUUUUUGUUUUUUUUUGUUGUUGUUGUUGUUUUUGUCACACUUAAAUGUGUCAGAUCAUCUAACAAAUUUUAUAUAUCACCCAAAGAUAACUAAAUCGAAUUAUGAUUUUAUUAUUAAUGGACAAAAGCUAUCCCAGCCCAGCUGGCUGUAUGUGAAAAAGUAAUUGUCUUAAUAACUGGUUGUGUCACCUUUGGUGCAACAUCUACUAUUAAGUGGUUGCAAUGACUGGAAGUGAGUCUUGAACAGUUUAUGAUUUCAAUUCAGAUCCACUGGAGGGUUUUUGACUCGUCUAUGUGACAAACACCAUAUAUAACAACAACAAUGUCAGUGAAAAAUACACAAUACUGAAUAAUAGUAGUGCUUUCUUCACUAAUAAAAUAAAGGGCAUUGUAAGACAAGUGUUAAAUCUCAAUGACAGUAUUUCUAAUCGUUUCUUGAAUUUCUUUAGUUCAGUGAUUGAUUUGUUGCAGUCCCGAGGCCUGGGUGUGCCUGGUGAAAUUGAACUCAGCUUUCCAAAACAGGUGGUUAAUCACAGUCAACUCUGGAUUUAAUUACACUUUUCACAUGGGCCAGCUUAUUUUGGAUAGCUUCCAACGUUAAAUACAUAAAAUGACCAUUUGAAAACAGCUUUUUUGUUGCUCAAAUUUCUCCCCAAACUAAAUGUUUUAGUUGUCCGAAUAUAAAAUAAAAAAGAUAAAUAUUAAUGCUACCAAUAAACUGACCAAACUGUCGCAG